AUGGCGGAGCCUCCUGCAAAGCGUGCCCGACGGGUUGAUAGCUCGACAAUGUGGGACAUGAAUGAUACACGAACUCGUUCCCCAGACCCAGAAUCGGACCGCGUCCAUCGCCAUUCCCCGCCCCCUCGAGAUGACCGACGCGAUGGCACUCGGGAAGAUCGCCGGUAUCGCUCCCGCUCACGAGACCGAAAAGACAGAAAGCGAGAAAGGAGCUGGUCUCGAGAUCGCAGAGACCGAGACCGAGAUGGGCGCGGGGCUAGGGAUCGGAAGAGGAGUGUGAGUCGCGAACGUGCCUAUGAGAGGAGAGGCUACGCACCCAAGGGCGAUAGAUUCCGCGAACGCUCGCGGUCUCCGGUUCGAAAUGGCGCCAAGUCUCGCUCAAGGUCACCACCUCCUCGGGGAUACAAAAGCGACCGUCGUGGCGACCGCAGAGAUCCACGGUCGAGGGAGGAUGGACGACAUGCGAAUGGCGUAGCUUCAGGCCCCGGUCGCUACAAGGAGGAAAUGGAUGUGGACUUCAAUGAAGAUGCGGACGAAGACGAGAUGGAGGCUCUCAUGCGAAAGAGCAUGGGUUUCACACGGUUCCGGAGCACCAAAAACACCAAGAUUCCUGGAAACGAUAUCUAUGGAGUGCGGAAGGAGAAGAAGAUCGAAUACCGACAGUACAUGAACCGCAUAGGCGGAUUCAACCGGCCGCUCAGUCCCUCGCGAUGA